CUCACACGCAAACUCUUUGCACGCAACCACAUACACACACACCCACACUCACACUCACACUCUUUGCACGCAACCACAUACAUAAACACACAGGCACGCAUCCACGUACUCCCCCACAAGGCCCCUCCUUUAUCCCAGAGUCUCAUAUUUCCUGUUGUGCCUGUGAAAGCUUCAGUAAGAAUGUUAAGCACUUGAGUUCUGAGCUUGUUCUUCUCACACGCCUGCUGAUUUACAUUCUUUACACUUUCUUCUAGACUGAGUCAGAAACCUUUGAAACACACUAUGCUGAAAGUUCCUUGUCUUCUUGUGGCUUCUUUAUGGCUGCAGCUUUUUCUCUGCAGCUUUUUAGGUCCGGUGGAAGGAGGGAAGGUCCUGGUGAUGCCCGUGGACGGUAGCCACUGGUUGAGUAUGAAGAUCCUGGUGGAAGAAUUGUCUCGCAGAGGACACGAAAUGGUGGUCCUGGUUCCUGACACCAGUGUUUUGAUCCAGGGCUCUGACACAUACACGACUCGGAGCUUUAAGGUUCCGUACACCAAAGCUGAACUGGACGGCAGCAUGAAAAAGCUGCAGGAGCGCAUCAUAAAAGCUCCGGAGUUCUCUGACCUGUUUGAGAACAUCAUCGGGCUUCUCAGCUUCACGAGCAUGCAGGUGAAAGGAUGUGAGUCACUGCUAUAUGACGAGGCUCUGAUGCAGGAGCUGCGUGAAAAACGUUUCGAUCUCAUGCUCACUGAUCCCUUCCUGCCGUGUGGCCCCAUCAUCGGCAAGGCCUUCUCUCUCCCUGCGGUUUAUUUCCUGCGUGGACUCCCCUGCGGAUUGGACCUGGAUGCCGCUCAGUGUCCGUCUCCUCCGUCCUACGUCCCUCGCCUUUUCUCAGACAACACAGAUGUCAUGACGUUUCCUCAAAGGGUCAAGAAUAUGCUCAUGACGGGACUCGAGGGAAUCCUCUGCAAAGUGAUUUAUUCCAGCUUUGACGAACUCACCAGCAGAUAUCUGAAGAAGGAUGUUUCAUAUAGAGAUGUUCUCGCACACGCUGCCAUCUGGCUUAAUCGAUUUGACUUUACCUUUGAGUACCCGAGACCUGGAAUGCCCAAUAUGGUGAAAAUUGGGGGCAUCAACUGUGCCAAGAGGAAACCCCUUCCUGCGGAUCUGGAGGAGUUCGUGGAUGGCUCUGGAGAUCACGGCUUCAUCGUGUUCACUUUGGGAACCUUUGUGUCUGAGAUGCCAGAGUCCAAAACCCAAGAGUUUUUCAAGGCUUUCAGACAGAUUCCUCAGAGGGUUCUGUGGCGAUACACUGGAGUCACUCCUAAAGACAUUCCUGAAAACGUCAAACUGUUAAAAUGGCUUCCACAGAAUGACCUCUUAGCACACCCCAAAGCCAAGGUGUUCAUCACACACGGAGGAUCUCACGGGAUCUACGAGGGGAUCUGUAACGCAGUUCCCAUGGUGAUGAUCCCACUGUUUGGAGAUCAGAGAGACAACGUUAACCGCAUGGUGGUGCGUGGAGUUGCUGAGAGCCUGAACAUGUAUGAUCUGAUCGCAGAGAAACUGCUGAUGGCAAUCAGGAAAGUUCUCAACGACAAGAGCUACAGAGAGAAGAUAACAAAGCUGUCUCUGAUCCAUAAAGACCGUCCAAUCGAGCCGCUGGAUUUGGCCGUAUUCUGGAGCGAGUUCGUAAUGAGACACGGAGGAGCCAAGCACCUGAGUCCGGCCGCUCAGCACCUCAACUGGGUUCAGUACCACAGUCUUGACGUCUUCGGCUUCCUCCUGCUUGUUCUCACCAUCGUCGUUUUUAUCUCGGUCAAAACCUGCAUGUUCUGUGUCAGGAAGUGCUUCAGAAGGACUCCGAAGAGCAAAAAGGAGUGAGGAGGUCAGAGAACGUUCAGGAAACUAAUGGUGAUCGACACAUAAGACUUUAUAUUGUGAUCGUCUGAAACAGAUACACCGUCGUCAUCAUCAUUUUUGUUUUAAUAUCUAGAGGUGCCAACAUUUACGCUUUAGCCGUAGUCAGAACCUGUUUCUAUGGUGACAUUAAAAAAACAAUGAUUCUUAACAUUUCCAGUGAAUUCAUUCACUGGGUCAAAUUCACCCAAGGGGAAAGGACACAGGAUGUGAUAGAUCUACUUACUUUCAUCUAGGUGAACUUUGACCUGCAGAUUAACAAGCCGGUGAUUGUCAAGAAAAUAUUAUUAAGUAUCACACACUAAAUUUUUGCUUCUUUGUUUUUUCUUUUUUCUAAUUGUUUCCUGAUGAAUUAAAAAACAUAACCUUCUCUACUUUCUCACCCUCCUGAUCCAGCACACACCUAAUAUUAAAAUACGCUUUUACCAAGAAGGAAAAAAAAAAGUAUUUUGAUAGAAACCCUGGAUUAACCUUCUUUAAACUUUUCUGUUUUUCCCUCAAACUUUGCAGUUUCUGUGAUUGUACAAAUCACCUGAUAUGAGGCUGAAGCACUGUUCAGGUUCUGAUUGGGUGUCGGUUGCUAAGCAACUAUCUCUAACAUUCUAACACUGCAUCGUUUCGCAAACUACACGUCUUGAGUUAACACAGUGGGAGCCAUGUGAAACGUUCCUCUAGUCGGGGUAAAAAAGGGGUUUAGAAACACAAUAAGCACAAUAAGUGUUGAUAUUUUUUUCAGUAAUGGUAGCAUCUCUGAAUAUGCUACAGGAUUUUGGAAAAACAACUGUGCUUAGUUUGUAAAGAUAUAAAGAGAUAAGUCUAUGUAUCGGUGCUGCUCUUUACAAAGCCACAUUAAACCAUAAUCUCUUUUAACCUCACACUUAAUUUCUGUCUGUUUAAACAGUCAGAAUCGGUGUAGUGUGUCGGACUAUUUAUCGCACCAUCAAUUUAUGGUGCUGUGCUACCUCUAAAAAGAUCGCUACCUCCUGCCUACGUUCCAAGCCACAAACUAUUUACGUUUAAUCUUACAGGAAAUUAGAUAGAUGUAACUCUGGGUGCGUUUCCUUUUAUUCUGAAGUGAGUGUUUAAUCCUUGGCAUUUUACUGAGUAAAUAAGAUGUUUUAGUUUAAUAUUCCAUAAGCAGCUUUAGCACAAGUGCAGCGUCAGAAGGCUGUUAGCUAGUGCUAGCUAUCUGACUUCAGUAGAGUAGCUAAACGACUAUCUGAAUGUAACAAUACAUUUGAAAGAGCUAACACAUACAUGCAAAAACAUGUUACCAAGUAUCAUAAUACACUUUAGUUCUCCAUUCUAAUUGGUCAAAAGGUGUUGACCUUCAUUUUGCUUUAAUACACUAUCAUUUCUAUAGUAACAGUGACCUCUCACUAACAUAACAAGCGGCAUUUUUUGUUUGUUUGUGGGGUUUUGUACAGUAGAGGCUGUAUAGGGAAUGACUGUUUAUAGCUACCGCAACAUUAACUGUAGGAAAAUGAAGUAUGAAGUGUUCUUUAAUAAAAUAAACAUAAAAACGUUAACAGCUGUGGCAUAAAAACAAAUCAUGUUUUAUUUAUUAAUUAUUAAUAUUUGAACAGACACACUGAACAUUUUUGUGACUUUUGUUAUAUAACAAAAGAAACAUUUGUAUAAUCCAUCUUUUUUUUUUUUUUUUAACAUUUUUGUUUCCUUCAUUGUGUUCUAAAUGUGCACAAACUUUUGCACACAGCUACUUGGUGAUGCUGAAAUCUAACUUUCUGUUUAAAGCUAAACUGAUUAUGGGGUCUAAUAGGUUCAAUUAUUUUAUUUCAGAUAAGUCUUUAAGAUUUAAAAGAUUGUUUAUUUUAGAUUUAAUCACGUUUAGGAAUUCUUUAAAAGUGAAUCAUGAAAAUGGUGAAUGAUUUUUUUUUCUCUUUAAAUGAAAGUUUUAUUAUUAUUCUGUUUAAUAAAAUAGUACCUCUGUGAUGUGUUACACAAUUUCCAGGCCGUUUCAGGGUACAUGUGGAACAGGUGGAAAAGAUCCUACAGUGUUGGUUUUAGUUAAACAGCAACUUUAUUUUCUUAUCUAACUGGAUUUUAUCUCCACGGUGUUAGAGAAUUUUCUUUUAUUUUGAUUCACACGAUUCUUUGUUUUGUGUUUCAUUUUCUUAGUACACAUCCAUAAAAAAAAUAAAACCUCUCUUUUCCUCA